AUGAAAUUCACUUCACUCACUACUGCAAUCGUUACUGCUGCUGCUAUGGCUGGCGUAGUUAUCGCAGCCGGCGUCCCAGUCGUCCGAGACGUCCAAGACGCCCAAGUUGGCCCACUUCUCCCAGUUGGCCCACCUCCCCCACAUGGCCUACCCGUCCCACCCCCACUCCCCAAAGAUGGGACCCCCGUGAAAGAGAUCCAUAAGAGAGAGCCUCCCAAGGAUGAGGAUCCCAAGAAAGAGCCUCCCAAGGAUGAGGAUCCCAAGAAAGAGCCUCCCAAAGAUAAGGAUCCCAAGAAAGAGCCUCCUAAAGAUGAGGAUCCCAAGAAAGAGCCUCCCAAGGAUAAGGAUCCCAAGAAAGAGCCUCCCAAGGAUGAGGAUCCCAAGAAAGAGCCUCCCAAGGAUGAGGAUCCCAAGAAAGAACCUCCCAAGGAUGAGGAUCCCAAGAAAGGGACCCCCGGGCAAGGAAAACCCCCAGCCUGA